CAUGUGUAGCUAAAUAAGUACUUAGGUUGUUAAAUUGCAUUUUGAUGCUGAAUACAUCCGUGCUGAAGUGUCAUUUUGAACUUUCCAUCGUAACAAAGAACUUUUACUAAUGUAAAGGUAGCAAUCUUGAAAAAUGUGCAUGUGAUGGCGGAUUUCCCUCCGUGUCUGUCCCUCGAACAGGGCCAGUUAACGUGACGAUAUCGCAUCUGGGUAAAUACAAAGUGGUUGCCAGGGUUACAGCUGCGGUCGCUGGGCAACGCGUACAAAUAAUGUCACAAAGCGGGAUGAUUCAGCGAACAGCGAUGACGAAUAUGUAGCGUUAUCCGUGUCGCCGUGUCCAUAGCAACGCUGCCGGAGAGGGGGGUAAAAUAAAGAUGACCAUAUUUUCAUAACGAGCAGUGAAGCGGGGGGUUUCCAGGUCCCAGUGAGCCGAUAGUCGUGUCGAAAUAUUAGUAGUCACCAUACGAAUAGGUUAAAGUAUUGGAUAAUGGAAUGUACUUCCCCAUGGGAAACAUUCGCAGUUUUCCCUGCCUUCCCUGAGUGGCUGAUGGUAAAAAUCUGAGGAACAUUUUCAACUUGUCUCAUCACCGACUAGAUCUCGCGUCAUGGCUAUAGUGCUCCACUCCAGCCCCCUCCUAUGGACGCGGUUGGCAGCCAUGGUCUUCUCCUGCGUGGCCUUCUCCGUCGCCGUACAUGGUGGCAGGCUUUUCCACGGCACUGGAGACUGGUGCAUCUUCUGCUGGGCCUUCAGUUUCGCCGGGACUCUGCUCGUCAUCCUGGUGGAGCUGUUUGGUCUUGAGGCCAGAGCUCCUGUUUCCUGGAAGAACUUCCCCAUCACCUUCGCCUGCUAUGCCGCCCUGCUCUGCCUGUCCGCCUCCAUCAUCUUCCCCCUGUACUACCUCAAAGGCUCCAUGGGCCCAAGUGAAGUCCGCGACUACCGCAUUGUGUCAACCGUCUUCUCCUGCCUGGCCACCAUCGCCUACAUGAGCGAGGUGAGCAUCAGCAAGGCGCGUCCAGGUGAGGUGGCCGGCUACAUGGCCACAGCCCCCGGCCUGCUGAAAGUCUGCGAGACUUUUAUCGCCUGCAUCAUCUUUGUCUUCGUCAGCGACCCCGUGCUGUACGACCAUCAUGACGCGCUCAAGUACUGCAUGGCCGUCUACUGCAUCUGCUUCAUCCUGUCGGCGGCCAUCAUCAUGCUAUGUAUCGGCGAGUGCACAGGUUGCCUCCCCUUCCCGUUUGCCCGCUUCCUGUCUGCCUACGCCCUGCUGGCGGUGGUCCUCUAUCUGUCAGCGACCAUCAUCUGGCCCAUCUUCAACUUUGACCCCAAGCAUGGCGGAUCUAAAAGUAGGCCCUACUCUUGCAGCAGCACAGUGGGGUUGUGUGUGUGGGAUAAGAACAUGGCGGUUGCCGUGCUCACUGCUGUCAAUUUCGUCCUCUACCUGGCCGACCUGAUCUACUCCACCCGCCUGGUGUUUGUCAGUGCUUGAGGGAAGAGACAGGGUGUUAGGCCAGCAGUAUGCUCCAGAUAAAAUUUAAUUUGGCAUGUUCUCAAAGGCUGUCAAAUACAGUGCUGCGAGCGAACACAACUCUGGUGCGUUUGUUCAAUGGCAUCCGUCCAGUGUGGAGAAGCUUGUGGAUCAUGAUGGGAGCAAACUGUAGAAUAGUCACCACUAGUAUAGUUUAUUGUAGUAAGGAAAUUAAAAGAUCUGAUUUUACAAAAUGGGAUAAGUAUGUAGUGUAAUCUAGUGUUUUCUAGCCCCAAACUCACAGUUCUGCCUCUGCAAACCUGCCAAAUUUGAUUUUGUGUAAAGCAUACUGCUAGCCUGAGAACUGCAGCAAGACAGGGAAGAGGUGGAGGUCAAUGGCUAUGUUUACGCGUACAACAAUAUUCCCUUAAAUUACUGAGGCUUUCUGUUCGUGUGUUGGACCAGGUAAAUGUCAAACCUUGGGUCCAGUGACCUGGAAAGCUCAUUAUCUUGGAAUUUGAGAGACCUGAAUGUGAUUACUGGAACAUGCUGAUAUUACCCGAGACAUUUCACAGUUUUAAUGGCAGAUCAUGACCAAUUCUAAUACUCCGAAUACAAGAAUGUUUCAUGUGUACAGAGAUGUUUAUGAUCUUGAAAAGAGUAAGCUCUUACAAGAAUUAUCUAACAAGGACACAAGCUAACGCCCAAGAUAUGUGUGCAUGUAAACAUAGUCUGUAAUGACAGAUGAAGAAAAACCAAAGAAAACGGCGGCUUAUUGUUGUGUUUUUGUUCUUUUUUUUGUGUGUGUAAAGUAUAUGUCAGUGUUCUGCCUUAAGUUUGUUUCCACAGCCCAGUCACCAGAAUUUAAUGUUUGCAUUUAACAUUUCUGCAAGCCACAGAUACGUCCAAGGUCAACAUUUAAAUCAGAUACAUCAUGUCAAUAACCACUGCAACGGUCGACCAGAGUUUGAGUCUUUGGGGAAAUUUCCAGCCAUUUUGGUGGUGAUGAAAAAAGUUUUUUUUUUUAAGCCAAACCAUGAUGUUUUCCUAACACUUAACAAGUGUUUUUUGUGCCUAAAUGUAACCUAACUAUAAUCACAGCGUUGUGACAAGACAGAAAUAGACAUUUUCCCCUAAAACAACAGUAGUUGCAACAUAAAGUUUUAACUUAUCUGUGGUUUUGUACUCAGCUAACAUUUUUCUGGGGAAUGGGUUCGUCGUCAAUUUGAUGUCAGGUAUAAAAAGACUGCCUAGCAGUCUUUCUGUUUUUAACUGCUUUAACUAAAGACAAAAUUUUGAAAAAUUAGGAACAUUAGCUGUAUGGAGCAAAGGUUUGGUCAGCAGUUGGAGAAAAUACUUUUUGAUGCCAUAUGAUUGGAGAUCCAUGAAAGUUAAAGAAAGUUAAAUUUAAUAUUUCAGUAAAGGAAUUGAUUGUUGUGUUUCCCAACUGUAUGUAAAGCAGCUGAUCAGAUUGUAUCAUUUGUCGUUUGUCAUUUUUAUACAGCUCCAAUGUUUUAAGACUUGAAGUAGUGCAGCAUACCUUCCAUGAUGUUAAGAUUAAUGCUAGGCUGGCUUUUUGCUCCUGUUAUGAUAAAUGUGUAUCUGUAUCUGCAAGCUACAAUCAGUGGCAAGAAUAUAUAUGUGGGAAGAACAUUGUGCAAGAUUGUGGACUAAAGAAAAAGUAUCUUAAAAGUGCACUUAAUGUUAGUAUUUUCAAUGUCUGUUUAAUUUUUUGUUGUCUCCAAAUAUAAAAGGAUCUAUUUAACAAACUCCACAAAAAAUAAAUUCAUGCACAUUAUCGAUUGGGUUUAUUGGUUUUGCACUGCUGUCAUAAAAAAUACAUGUCAUUCGUGCUAUAUUCUUCAACUUUUUUGUAUUCCACUCUUCGCGUUCCUAGUGUGCAUACCACAGUAUUGUAGGAAAACGUAAUCCAGUGUUUCAAUAAAACCCCAUGGUAAACAGA